CGCACCGGAAAGUUUCCGCGUCCUUGAUCUUACGACAUCCUCAACAUGCACGCAACAAACCCCAAAAAACUCUUCACAUUCAUUCUGUUAGACUCCUGCACUCUAUGAAUCCCCGGGACAUGCAUGAAACCCGGGAGGUGGUUGUUAAGGCUUGGCCCUUCUUACUCCCACGCCUCACACUAAAAUCAUCCCCUAACAAAGCACUAAAAAAUAUACUGGGAUCCCCAUGUUGGUCGUCUAUUGCAAUUGUCAAUUGAGGAUCUGAUUCAUGAUGACAACAUAUCAAGAGAAUUCCUCCAGGUUGUGUCUUCGAGAAUAAUCUUUCUGACGAUGAAUCAGCCGACAGAUCUCCAGUUUGCUCCUGAACACCAAAACUUCGAUUCGAAGAAUGCGUAUAUGUGGAAUAAUGGUGAAGUGGAAGAUCAAGCAGAGAAUAUAAAGGCAAAGCCAACUCCACUGCCAUGUCGGCGGACCUUUCGAAGGUAGGGCUCAAUUGUCAAAGGCUGCUUCACAUUACCUUGCUGACAGAUAAAUCAAGACCUCGGGCUGGCCGAGCAUGCGGGGUAAGUGCCAUCAAAAAUAUAUCCUCCAGAUGAUAGUCGAUACUGACGCGACUCAUCAAUAGACGUGCCAUUCGAGAAGAGUAUGAAAUCGCGCAUUCAAAGAUACUUCAAACUAUAUCAUUAACACUAUUAAGGUGCGAUGCGACGCAGGAUCCCGCGGAAUUCCAUGUACAAAUUGUGAGGCAUUCUCUCUAGACUGCAGUAUACCUCCGCGAAAGAAGAACUCGAGCAGGCAGGGAACGUCCGAUAGUGGACGAAAAAGGUCCGCUCUUUCAAUGUCAGUAUUUGUUCGGUCUAGAUAUUUUCGAGGCUACCCUACUCUACACAGCUGUAUUCUUACAAAAAUGCAGAGCCAAACAACCUGGUCAUCAAAGCGACAAUGGCGACGACAAGUGUGACGGCAAAAGAGAUGGGAAUAUGGAGCUUCCUCAACCAGUCGCAUCAAAUGACAACGAUUUUGCUUCUCUGAUUCUUCGAGCCGACGAGCAUAUUAAGCAGCAGCCAGAUAGCACCGAACAAUACUUCAAACUAAUAAGCCCAUCAGUCUCGUCAUCUGCAAUUGAAAAUCCCGGAAAAGUGGCAUACUUACAAGAAAAAUCAUCCUUGGCAAUACUCAUGCGAGAUUAUUAUGGCACGACCAAUGCUGUACACUAUCCUUUACCGGAGGUCGCCGCUAAUCAACAUAUGGCUACGAAAAUGACCGCGGAAGAGAUGGAUAUCCUUGAAAAGCGAGGUGCAUUACAACUACCGCCUAGAGAUUUAUGUGAGGAAUUGAUUGAGGCAUAUUUCAAAUGGGUAGCUCCGGUCAUUCCAGUCAUUAAUAAAUCGUGGUUCAUGCAAAGAUGGCAUGACCUUGACAAUCCACCCCCCUUAUUAUUAAUGCAGGCAGUCUUGUUGGCUGGAUCCAGAGUUUGCACUACAUCUAUGCUACUAGAUGCUAAUGAUUCUCCGAUUCCCGCUGCGACAAUAUUUUACAAAAGAGCAAAAGCCCUCUAUGAUGCUGAUUAUGAGGAAGAUAGAGUUGUCAUAGUCCAGGCACUUAUUCAUUUAGGAUGGGUGCGUUUAUGGUACCCAAUGUCCAUGCAAGCAAGGAAAUGCUAAUUGUGUAAUAGUAUUGGGAGGAGCCGGGCGUGGUUACAAAAAACGUUUUCUACUGGAAUGGACUCGCGACCACGAUUGCUCAAGGUUUUGGAAUGCAUCGAAGUCCAAGUGGUUCUCGUCUCAGUCCAGCUGAUAAAAGGCUUUGGAAAAGGAUAUGGUGGACCUUGUACAUCAGAGAUCAAUCAGUAGCAACCGCACUUGGACGCCCGGCACACAUCAAUAUGGAAGAUUCCGAUUUAGAAAUGAUCGGAGAAGAAGAUUUUGCCGAUGAUCACACUGAACCUGAAGAUGAAAUACUAGUGCAAUUCUUUCUUCAAUAUGUGAAAAUAUGCGAGAUCAUGGACGAGAUACUCUUCCAACAUUACUCUUUACAAUCCAGGAAGCGAGGCAACGACCCUGUCAUACUCCAAAAUUGUGAUCAAGCUUUGAAUGAGUGGCUUCACAAUUGCCCAACGCAGAUCCGAUGGAAUCCUUCCAACAACAAUAGCUUCUGGUCCUCUUAUCUGUACUUGAUCUACCAUACUACAAGGUGUCUUUUGUAUCGCGCCUAUUUGCCAUCCGUUAAAUCUUCAUCGGAGCUACAGGAGAAGCUCGAUAUUUCAUCACACGCUGCUUUUCAAUCUGCAAGAGCAAUCACUUCAAUCGUAGAAAAUAUGAUUGCACGGAACGAACUGAGGCAUGCUCCUCCAUUCUUGUAUGAUAAAAUCCGUCCCAAGCAGAAUUUGGGUGAUUGUUAACGCAUUUUAGAAUAUAUUCUUUACUGUCGGCCUUGAUAAUACACAUCUACGAGCUACAGAUCCAUUCGUCAUCCGAAAAAACCGAAGCGCGUAAAAGAGUUUCCAUCUGCAUGUCUGCUUUGGAGAAACUUUCUGAUAUAUGGCUCGUCGCCAAAAUGGUUCAAGGUCUUUUCGAAAGCAUCUUGAAGGCGGCAGGAUUCGAGAAUUUUAAAGUGCCCGCUGGCUUCGUUGAAAACCCUUUACAUAAAUCGAAAUCAAUUGGAGAAUCUAAAGAAAACCGCCUUCCACUUACGCAUUCCUUGCUCGCUCACCAAAAAGCAACUCUGGGUUUUGUAUCAGGUACGAGGACAGGUAGUUCUAACAAAAGUCAAAAGUUGGAUAGCAAUAACAACGGUAUCUCCUCUACUAAUGUGCCGUCCGCGCCACAACCACAAGCUAAACAUCAGUCCGCUCCAUCAAUGCAUCAUGAAAACGAAUUUUACAUCCCUGAUACUAUAUGCCCUACUGGUGCAACACCCACUUCAAUCCAUCAAACCGUUCAAUACCAGGAUCCUACCUUUCCCGGGAGCAUAAAUUACAUGCUAAAUGGGCCGAUGGCCACUUGGAUACAACCGGAUUUUCAACAAAUGAUUCCUAAUACUCUAGACGUCGCAGACUGGUAAGUUUAAGUCCUCUGGUAGGCGAUACGCAACAACUGAUGCAUUAAUAGGUUCGACUACUUUGGCAUGCGAUAAUAAAAUGCUUAUCUGAUGUACGAACUGGAUGCCCAAAUAUUGAAGGUUAAGAUCUGGUGAUACCUUCCAGUGCCACGCUUAGUGAUUUUCUAGAUCUGGCCUAUUGGCAGGUAAUUUUAAGCCAUGCGGCGUGAGUGCACUACGUUGAGAGAAAUUUCACCUUGAUUAGUCGAUUUGGAAUGUCACCUAGAAGGUCAUUUCUUAUCGAGAUAUUACGGGAACACGAUUUCGAAUUAGCACCCAGAUAUGCGGCUAAGAGUCUACACAUGGCCGUGCAGGGAUAACCGAGACGAUAAACUGUUGCUACUGGUCGGAAAAAUCGUAGUUACAAAGUCAUACUGAACUUCUGAAUGAUCACUUAUCCAUAUUAAAGCAUUUCCGACCUGUCAACUACAAUAUCAAACCGAACAGCUUACUAGAUAUACGACAUAUUUACUUCGAAAGACUGAGCCCUAGAGAUCUAAAAGAUAAUAUCCACGGAAGCAAUCGAUUGAUCCUCUUCCAUUUGCAAUAAUUUAUCAUGCCUGCUUUGUUACCAACCCUAGCCACAACCAAGUUGUACUCAACAUUUUGGCUCCAUGGCAGUGGAGGCAACAUGUCUCGCUGUAGAACGUUUCCAGAUCUAUUAUAGAUCGUAUCACUACCAGCUAAAAGGUUUGCAAGCAUACUGGGGCAUUAGGCAGUGCUUGACAGUGGCUCGAUGAAUGGUGUUAGUAUGGGACACUUGAAUCAAUCGAGCGCCGUACACUCUAUAGUGCGAUAAAUCAAUGACAGGUCACUCAUUUUGACGACCACUAGCUAAUAAGAGAUAGACAAAAACAGGAGGGUUGGUUAACAUGCCGAGAAUUACGGCUCAUGAAUGAUGAGGUAUAAAUUAUCGUUUGGUGGGGAGAAAAGCACGCCGACUGCGGGUAGAAUCUUCAAGGCUCCAUGAUCCGGGAUCACAGUUUAUCGUCAAUCUACUUCCAGCCUUACCAAUCCAAUAUAUGAUUCCCUGUUGCAGGGAAACCCGUAUUGUGGGGUAAAACCCUUAUGCAAGAUGCAGCAAUCCCGUGAACCAAUCAUACUUAUGAUUGCUCUGAUUUCACUUUGAUUUUUCGAUAUGGCUGAAAAACCUCGGUGUGGCAUGGCAAAGGUGGCUAGUGAUUUCAUAUCAGGUUCAGAUGAUUCCUUCUCUUUUUCGUCCCGCAAUAGCUAUACAGAGGUAGGCAUUUCGUUUAGAUGCGAUUGGCUCCAGGAUCCAGUUUCAAAAAACAAUUUGCUCCACUUUACUCUUUAGACUAAAACAUCUUCGAGAAGUAAACAUCGGGACAUAGCUUAGAAUAGACAAAACCCCAUUUAUAUGAG